UAUAAAUAAUCAUUCAAAACCCUGAUGCUGUGUUGCACCGCUUCAGCUCUCAAACAUAGUAAAUAACAUAUAGGGUAUAACUGGAUAUUCGUUUUGCUCUUAUUCAUUAUUCCCCCGCCUUAGACCAGUUUUAAUAGAAGGAACGGGAUGAUGUUGCGAUUUGUCUCCAUUGGGUUAUGGCUGGUUGCCCUGGGGUGGACCUGCAGUGGCCAGCCCGACCCAUGUGACGUUCCGUUAGUGACGGACAGUGGGCACAAGGACAACUUUACCGUGGUGGAUCUAGCCCGAGAGCUCUAUGCUUGUACUAUGAUCAAGAUGAUAGAACGGGCGGGACUAGGACCCAUGUUCCGCGAAAAAGGCCCCUUCACCCUCUUCGCACCGUACGACCUAGCCUUCGGUUUCCUGCCUGAUGACAUCUGGAACAAGCUGAUGUCAAACAACACUUAUCUUCGUGAGCUCCUCCUCUUCCACACCGUGCCCCGUCUCAUCGGGAGCAUCGACAACGUGUACAAUGACGAGCUGAUCGAGACCAUGCUCCCCGGCAAGAACAUCCGACUCAACGUCUACCAGAUCGGCAAGAUGAUGGUUGGUGGGCGUGGCGCAGCUGAUCAAGCAAUGGGGGUAACCGGUCGGAUUACAGCAUGUGGUGGGCCUGUUAUUGAUGGUGGAAACGCUACUAAUGGUGAGGUUCGCAUCAUUUCGAAUGUGAUGCACCCAGUACCACCGGGUGAUAUCAUGGAUGUUAUUGACAAUGACAAACAAUUUACCGAGCUCAAGAAACUGGUCUACCUGGCAAAGCUACAGGAUUACCUAAAAGCAGGGGGUCCGUUUACGUUCUUUCCUCCAAAUAACAAUGGCGUUGAUAAGCUGUCUCGUGACGAAUUGAAGAAACUCGAACAUAACACCACGUUACUACGCGAAGUGUUAUUGUACCACCUCUUAGAUUGGACGCUCUAUGCGUCUGGGAGCUAUGAUGGGGAAGUAUUGGUCACUGUGCAGGGAGAGUCAAUUAAUCUUACUGUGUGGUAUGGUAUGUACAACAAAAACUACAUUAGCAGUUUCCAUGUCUUGUGUUCUUACAAAUUAAAUAAAUAUCUGUGUACAUUCACAAAUAUAUGCAGUGUAUUUCAUGUACAUAUGAUGAAAUACUCAUGGCAUCCCUAUGUGAUCUAAAAU